AUGGCCGACGACAGCUACCGAAAAGAGUAUCCCCAGCAGAGCCGCCCAGAAGACACUCACACUCGACCCCAGUCACAUUAUCCCCCUCCGCCGGAUACCGCCCAGCGGCCCUCCGACGCUCCUCCAUCCAGCAUGGCUACAUCAGUUACUUUGCCCUCCAUCCACGACUCCCGUGGUUACGGCCCGCCGCCUGCAGCUCCGGGACGUGGCUAUCCUGCCGACCCGCGAUACGCAUCUCCCAAUACCGUCAAUGGCUACCCUCCUCCCGGCCAUCAGCCUCCGCCCGGUCAACCUCAACAGUACCUUCCGCCUUUGCAGCCGCAAUCUGAUCCCCGAUCUUCGGCCUAUCCUCCUCCGCCGCCGGACCAACGUAGUGGCUACUAUGAUGACCGCCGUCCACCAUACGGGCAAGAGGCGUAUAGCACGGAUCCCUACUAUGCCUACUACCGCGGACAGCCUCCUCCUCCUCCAGGACCUCCGCCGCCAAAUGGCCACCCAGGCUACCGUCACAUCCCCGCCGGCGUUUAUGAAUACCCAGUCGGACAUGGCAGUGCGCCUCCUCUGACACAGGCAGCCCCGCGACAACGAACAUCAAUUGCUUGCAGAUAUUGCCGGAAGAGAAAGAUCCGCUGCAGCGGCUACCAGAGCGCCCCCGGUGGCAAAUGCCAGAAUUGCGCCCGUAUGAACCAAGAAUGUAUCUUUCAGCCCGUAUCUUCUUCAAGCUCAACAGCUUUUAUCCCCGUGUCAGCUCUCCCAGGAGGUGUACCCCCGGGCACUCAACUCUUCGGUGCCUAUGGGCAACCACUGGCCCCAGGCACAGUCCCAGCACCUCCACCACCCCAUGCUGCUUAUCAGCAUGCUAGUGCCCCUCCCCCUCCUGGGAACUACUACGCGCCUGUCCAGUCACCUACAGAAUCCUUUUCGUCUUAUGGCGAUGCGAGAACCGAUGACGGCAGCCAGCUUGCAGGGCGACGACGUCGCAGGACGUCAGAAGAACAGGAUGAAGGCUAUAGACUGCCCCCUCCACGAAGUGCCGUGGAUGAAGACCCGCGCAGAAGGUCUCCAGCAGAAUUUUCAAACCACAGCAGCCCUGGUGGAGUGGGGUACCCUCCAUAUCAAGGUGCAAGACAGAGCCCACGAAACCCAACGAGUGGCAGUUUGCCUCAAGCUGCAACAACUGGUAGUUAUGCAGCUUCUGCACCCGGCGGUCGUUCCCCGACAGGCCAAAAUGGGUCUAGUGGUGCCUCCACCCCUGCGAGGCAGGGACAGCAGUCCCAAGGAGGAAAUACAUCGAUCAUGAGCCUGAGCAAUUUGGUAGACAAAAGCGAUAUCGACAAGACCAUGAUUGACAGGCUCAACCGACCUGUACCUGGUCAGCCUGGCGCACGACGAGAUGUCAGCCGCUAA